UUCUUUCUUGAAAUCAAAAGGACAAGUCAGUUCGCCCCUCCUUCCUCAUUCCAAGUAGCAGAGCCACAGAUCAGAUCCUCUCUCUCCCAUGGCUUUACUCACACGCACCAUCUGCUUCUACAUACUCACCAUUGCUUCGUUUAUCUCCUCCAACGCUAAGGCUGAUGGUACUGCCUCUGUCUUCUUCAUCGAUAGCUCCACUCAUCAUUUUCUUCGUAACCCUUCGUCAAACGAUGUCGUCAAGCCCGACUCAAUGUUGCUCUCAGAAGUCAGUGCAGCCGUGUCAGUUUUGCUUGGAUUUGCACCAUCUUCCGCCCUCUCAGCUGUUGGUUCAGCUAAGUUGAAUGAGGUUCUCGUGCCUAAUCCAUUCAAUAGGCCUCGUGCUGUUGUUGCGCUUGAAGUUGGAGGAAUUGAUGAUCAUGCUCUUGUAGUCAAAGACAAUGCCAUGUUCAGCAGUGCCUACAGUUCCAAGAUUGACCUUGGCUCAAGCAAAGCUGACAUCGAGCUUCCAGAUGAAGGUGAAGUUUCUGUGUUUUCUUUGGAUGAACAAUCGACAGAUUAUACUGACAAGGAGAUUGGAGAUUUUGCAGCUUGGAUGAGUGGUUCAUAUGUUGUUGAUACAUUAGAACCACUAAAUGGAGAGUUGAGCAUCCCUUUGGCCAAUGGCGACAACUUGAAGCUUCAUAUGUCAAAGGAAUCAGAUAGGAUAUUCACAACUAGCCUUCUGUCUCUCAUCCGCAACUUUAAAAGGGCAACAGAAAUGCAUCAAGAUUUGUCACACAACAUCCAUAGCCCAGCUGAGUUAUUAACAGGCCGUUUUGAUGGAAUCAAGGUUUUGCAAGAGCAGUAUGGAACUGAUGGAGCAGCUCAACAUGGAGUGGAGCUACUACUUGCUACACUGUCCAAGAUAUUUGAUUCACUUGAAAAUGCCUACAAAGGUCAAAUUGUUGGAGCUAUCCUUUUCAAUGGAGUUGCACCUGUGGAGUCGGGAAAGAUGUUGAAUGUGAUGUAUACUAGUCGAUCAUAUGCUCGUUUGUUGGCUGAAAAAGAAGGCCUGAAUAAUACAAAAAUUGUGCAAGUGUUAUUGGUUAGGCGUACACUUGCUUGGAUCACAGGAAUUAUUCUUAUCAUUUCAACUCUUUUGGGGGUGUGCUUCCUUCUGAAUAUGCCAGUCACCAGGGAUACAUUACUCUACUCUAAUGUCAAGCUGGACUGAGCAUGGCAGGCAGCUACUUGAUCAAUGUUUCAGGCCCAGGUUUUUCAAGCCCCUAUCAGAUGCUCGCUCGUUUACGCAUGGUUGGCAUAAAUUGGGUAUUUACCUUUACCUUUAUGGAAAAGUUGAUUGUUCGAUACAGGGUUGUUUUUUGUAAAGCAUGGUUUAGGUACUAAGUGUAUGAGCAAGAAGAUUCAUGGCAUGUUCAGUCAAUUAUUAUCUGGAUUAGAGGGUUGUAGAGGAGAUUCUCUGAUAUAUGUAUUUGGUGUAUUAAAUUCCAUCUUCCAAGUUUUGAAUAAGGCAAAUAAUUCAAUCCUUUCUUCAUCAUCAA